AUGUUGAAAUCGCUUCAGCACGAUAGCAACAGUGCACCUUCGGAACAAGUAUCAUGGAAGGAACGUAGUGAAGCUGUAGUUGAAGCAUUUAGACACGCUUGGAAGGGGUAUACCAAGUAUGCGUGGGAAUAUCUACCAGUUAUCGCUCUUGGUAUGGAUGAACUUCACCCUGUCUCUCAAAGGGGUUCAAACUGGUUUGGCCUAGGUCUGACUAUAAUAGAUACUCUGGACACAGCCCUCAUAAUGAACCAGACCGAUAUAUUUGAACAAGCUAGAGAAUGGGUCAAAACAGACCUCAAGUUCUCAUCCGACGAGAAUGCUAAUGUAUUUGAAGUCACAAUACGUGUCUUGGGCGGUCUGCUGUCUACAUAUCAUCUCAGCAAUGACUCGAUGUUUCUGGGAAAGGCCGUCCUUUUAGCGGAAGCUCUAAUGCCAGCAUUCAGCACUGAAAGUCGAGUACCCCUGUCGUCUGUAAAUAUGGCCAAGAAGAAGGGAGUCGCUGCUCACUUUAGCGGUGGAGCUUCAAGUACUGCAGAAGUCUCUACAAUCCAGCUAGAGUUUAAGUAUCUGGCCCAGCUGACCAAAAAUCAAACGUACUGGGAUCUCGUAGAACAAGUCUCCGAAAUAUUAGAAAAGCUGCCAAAGGAAGACUCCCUAGUUCCCAUAUUUAUUGACAGCAAUACUGGUCAUUUUGUUGGUAGCGAGAUUCGGCUUGGCUCUCGUGGUGAUUCCUACUAUGAAUAUUUACUCAAGCAGUACCUUCUAACAAAUGGUACAGAGACAUCACAUAAAACACAAUUUGACGGCUCCAUGCAGGGGGUGAGAAAGCAUUUGCUUGGCAAAACUAAAGCAAAUGGUUUGACCUUUGUCGGAGAAAGACCGUCAGGAAUCACGGGUCACUUCAGCAGUAAAAUGGAUCAUCUAGUGUGUUUCUUGCCAGCAGUACUGGCUCUAGGAGCAACCGGUGGAAGACGAAUACCACAUGCGCAACGGCCCAUAUUGCUAAAUCAUCAGGAACGAGAAGACCUACUGUUGGCUGAGGAGCUGACAUUGAGUUGCUACGAAAUGUAUAGACAAACCAAGACAGGGCUCGCACCUGAGAUUGUACAUUGGAUUACUGACAGUGAAUCAGCAUCGAACGGAAUCGUGUCUCAAGAUGGUGACUUUUAUAUAGCUAGGAAUGACGUGUUUAAUCUCCUUCGGCCUGAAACCGUCGAAAGCUUGUUUACAAUGUGGCGUAUAACAGGAGACGAAAAGUAUCGAGAGAUGGGCUGGAAUAUCUUCCAAUCAUUCAACCAGUUUACCAGGGUGGAGACAGGCGGGUUUUCAAACAUUGAUGACGUGACUUCUGGCUCACCUAAGAAGACCGACAAGAUGGAAACCUUCUAUCUCGGAGAGACCUUGAAGUAUCUCUACUUGCUAUUUGCCGACGAAAACAUCAUUCCGCUGGAUCAAUACGUCUUCAACACAGAAGCACACCCAUUUCCUAUAUUUACACCUCCUUCAUCCUUUACAGAUAGCUGGAAGAGAGCAGGGCACUCUUAA